AUGCCACGUGCAAAACGAGUUUUGGAACAUGUUCUUGAGGAGGCUCGCCAACUCGGCCAUUGUUAUAUUGCACCAAAGCACAUUUUGCUUGGGUUGAUUCGUGAGGGUGAAGGUGCAGGUUGUUGCGUCAUUGGUAACUUAGGUGGCGAUUUGGGUGAAAUUCGGACACGGCUGAUUGAAAUGAUACUACGUAAAGAUAAACUAGCAGAAGCAGGAGCUGGUGUGAAGAUGGAGAAUAAUAAUGUUAAUGUACUUGAAGACUAUGGUACAAAUUUGACAGAGCUUGCCAAGGAGGGGAAAUUGGAUCAAGUAAUUGGAAGAGAGGAACUAAUUGAGCGUGUUAUUCGAAUCUUGCGCAAACGGUUGAGAAAAACCCCUAUCCUCGUUGGAGCGAAUGGAGUUGGGAAAACAGCUAUUGUUGAGGGUCUUGCUAAAAGGAUUGCAAGUGGUAACGUUCCUGAGUCAAUUCAAGGGAAGAAGGUUAUAAAACUAGACAUGCGGCUCUUGGUUGCUAGAGAAAAAGAUCGGGAAAAAAGGCUCAGGAAUUUGAUCGAGGUGCUAGAAAAAAGUGAUGACAUUAUACAUUUCAUCGAUGAAGUUAAAUCCUUUAUCGGAGCUGUUGAUGAUGACAUUGACGGAGCAAUAGAUGCGGCAAUUGUUUUAAGACACGCUCUAUCUUGUGUUUAUUGGGGCUACUUUGUACGGCGUGUACAUUAUACCGAUGAUCCAGCUCUUGGGCGACAUAUCGAGCCAAUUAAUGUGCCUGAACCUUCUGUCAAUGAAACUGUUGAGAUUUUGAAGGCGUUUCGAGAGCGAUUCGACACAUAUCACAACGUACGGUACACAGAUGAGUCUUUGGUCGCAGCUGCCAAGCUCUCCCGCAAAUGUUUCAGUGACCGGCACUUACCUGAUAAAGCAAUCGACUUAAUGGACGAUGCUGGUUCUCGGGCUAGAUUCCAUCUUACACGAAGCCAUGCUCAGGUUCAAAAAGAGGUUACAGCAAGGCAGAUUGAGCUCGGACAUGUUAUCUCCGAUAAGCUUAAAGCUCUCCAAAAUCAAGAUUUUGAAAAGGCCUGUGACUUACAUGAUAGAGAAAGAGAUCUAAAGGUCCAAAUCUCAGAAUUCGACAACAAAGAGAUAAAAGCGGACGAAACGGAUAAAUCAGAGGGACUUGUUACUGAAGAGGAUAUCCAGGAUACUUUUCUGUUGGACUGGAUGGUUUCCGAAAUUCCAAUGAAGAGCCAGAGGAAUAAGAAAGCAGUCAUGGCAAGAGCUUUAGUGCAGUCAACGGCUAGUCUACCUUGGGUGCAUCCUACGAUAAAUUUCUCCCAAUCUAAUAGGAUGUUCCGCAUUUCUCCGGCGCCGGCGGCGCCUCCUCUGAGGUUGAAUUUGAGAAGUUUCUCUGGACUCAACAGUUUCGUCGUCCGAUGUGAGGGUGGCCGCAAAUUGUUUUAUCCAGUAGUGCACGCAAUCAUGGAUACAGCUUUGGCUUUCGCUUCGGGAAAGGCCGGAAAGGUCCCAAAACCUUCGUUUGAUGGGUGCACAGAGAAAGCUAAGGAGGUUUUGAAGCUUGCUGAAGAUGAGGCAAGGCUUUUAGGCCAUAAUUUCAUUGACACGGAGCAUAUAUUGUUGGGCCUACUUCAUGAGGAUGAUACAGGUAAUAAUAUUGCAGCUAAGGUUCUGGAAUCCGUCGGAAUUAAUUUGCAAGAUGCCCGUUUGGAAGUAGAGAAAUUAGUUGGAAGAGGAAGUGGUUUUGUGGCCGAGGAGAUCCCUUUUACACUGCGUGCAACGCGAGUUUUGGAAUCUCUCAAGGAGGUUCGCCGAGAACUCUAUGGUGGUUUUAUUGGACCGGAGCACAUCUUGUUCGGGUUGAUUCGAGAGGGUGAAGGCGUAGGAGCUCGUGUUCUUGAGAAUUUAGGUGGUAGUGAAAUUCGGCUUCGUGUGAUUGAAAUGCUACAUGAAACUUAUAAACAAGUAGAAAAAGAAGAAGAAGAAGUUGUUAAUAAGAUGGAUGGAGUUAGUUUACUUGAAGAGUAUGGUAGCAAUUUGACGGAGCUUGCCAAACAGGGGGAACUGAAUCCCUUAAUUGGAAAACAGGAAGAAAUUCAGCAUGUUAUUCGAACAUUGUGCCGACGGUCGAAGAACAUCCCUAUCCUCAUUGGAGAGGAACUUCUCUGGAACAUUAAAAUCAUUCGGAGUGUCGCGCAACGGAUCGCCAAUGGUGAUGUUCCUGAGACACUUCAGCGGAAGGAGGUCAUACAACUGGACAUGAGACUCCUCCUUGCUAGAGAAGAAAACCGUGAAGAAAGGCUGAAUAAAUUGAUUGAGGAGAUAAAACAACGCGAUUGCAUUGUGGUUUUCCCUGAUGAAGUGCAAGCAUUUAUUGGACCUCACAGUGACGUUGACGGAGCAGUUGAUGCUGCAACCAUUUUAAGGUCUGCUCUAUCUCGUGGCGAGCUACAGUGUAUUGGAGCUACUACAAUGGAAUUGUACAAACGGUAUAUGAAGGAGGAUCCAGCUCUAGACAGACAUAUGGACCCAAUUAAGGUGGCUGAACCUUCUGUGGAUGAAAUUGUUGAAAGUUUAAAUUGGUUCCGGGGGACUUUUGAGACUCUUCACAAUGUGCAGUACACAGAUGAGUCUUUAGUUGCGGCUGCCAAGCUCUCGCAGGAAUGUUUCAAGUUCGCUUGCUCUACAACUGAUACCGCGAGGAAAUUGAUGAAUGCUGCUGGUUCUCGUGUUGAAUGUCGUCUUAAACAAAGUCAUGCUAAGGUUCAAGAGGAAGUUGCAGCUCUCCAGACUGAGAUUGGACAAGUCAACUCGGAUAAGCUAGAGGCUCUUGAAAAUCAAGACUUCGAAAAGGCCUUUGAGUUACACGAGGAAGAGGAAAAUCUUAUGGCUCAAAUAGCAGUAAUUUACGAAGAUAGAAAUGAGGCGGAAACUGAGUCAGAUGGAGUUGUGACUGAAGAGGAUAUCCGGGAUACUCUGUUGUUGGACUGGAAUGUUUCGGAAAUUCCAAGCAAUGAUGAAAUCAAUCAGGCUGAAGCUAGUACCCUCUAGUCGUGCUAUUUAAUAUUUGAUCCAAACUGAGAUAUCACUAGACUUAUCAAGUUCAUUCAUCCACCG